AUGGAUCCUAAUUCUGACGAUAAUAAAGAGUUUGUCGAUGAACAAGUCGAGAGUCUAUGGCAAGUCGAGGAAUUUGUCAAAGCGGAGAGGCUAGUCCAACUCAAAUCAGCCGAUAAUGUCAUCUUCGAUAUCAGCCUGAAAGCAAUGAGUCAGUCGAACACCCUCAAAGUGAUAAUGGAUUACCACAUGGAGAACCCAAAGGUAACCGACCCAAUACCUCUGUGCAAUACGGAUGCCAAGACGGCAAAGCUCGUCGUUGAGUGGUGCGAGAAGCAUAAGGAUGAGCAACGAGCAGGCGGAAAACUUAUUCGGAAAAAGGAUUAUGAUAGGGAGUUCACUGACUGCCUGAGCAAUAGUCAAAUCUGCGACCUAAUAAUUGCGAGUAAUUAUCUGGACAUUGAGAGUCUCAGGGAGAACUGCUACUUGGCGAUUCUCAACAAAAUUCAAGGAAAAUCAGUCAAACAGAUUCGGAUUGCGUUGGGGAAGUCUGGAGGUGAGGGCAAUCGCGAGUUUGCACGUGUUCCUGUCAGAAGAAGUGGUGUGUCCUCUGUCUCUCCAAAUAGCCGCAUCAAACGAGAAACCGCGGCAAACAAAACACGAGCACAGUCUGUUGACGUCAUUGACCGGAUGAUGAGAACAGCAGGUAAGAGAGGGUUUUUAAGAUGGAAAGCUCAAUAUUUUGUUUGUUUAGAACUCUGCAAUAAUGCUGAAACGUCUGAAAAUGAGGGAGUCUCUGGGGAUAACAAAACGACAAACGGAUACAUUCCUGGUGAGGUUCAAAAUCAUCAGCUUAAUGUGAGAUUGUUGUUUGCAGAAAUUGCUAUCGUCACUAAUUUCCAUUCCACCGCCGUCGUUGUUGCUAACAAAAGAGGGGGUCGAGCAAGUGACGAAGAACAACAACCACUUCUUGGACCUCAUUGA